CAUUCAAUUCUUUUAAAAAUGGCAAAUGUCCAAAGAACACGAGUUCAUGUGGUAGUAAUAUUUCUACUCAUCCAAAUAACUCUCUUACAAGCGGAAACCAUUGCUUCAGAUGUUCAUCCAAAUAUCUUUUCUCGUAAAUCAGUAGUGAGGAUCACAAAUCGCCUCGGAGAUGGUUCGACAUUAAACCUCCAUUGUAAGUCCCCAAACGACGAUCUCGGCCUCCAAAUUCUAGCUCAGCAUAAGUUUUGGUCAUUUACGUUUAGACCAAAUAUAUGGGGGACGACGUAUUUUACUUGUCAUUUCACAUGGCCUCAAGGACACUCAACACACUUUGAUAUAUACGAUGAUAUUAGAGAUGGUGUUAAUAGGCGUACUCCAUGUAUCUACUGUUUCUGGGAUAUAAGUAAAGAUGGGCCAUGCAGGUUCAAUCAAGCAAGUAAUCUCUUUGAUAUAUGUUAUUAUUGGAACGGGAAACGAAAAGAAUAG